AUCACAUUUUAACCGGAAGUGGUCCUCAGUGCUGCCAGCCGAGAUGUAAUUUUAAAAUUACCGGCAUAUGUCAGUUUUCAGCAUGGUCGCAUAAACAACUUGUCUGCCUGGUCGACAUUGCCAAGAAAUCUGGAUUCAAAAUAUAAAAACAAAUGCAGUAUAAGUUAGUUCAACAAUUUUAACUACAAUACGGAACUCUUAUUGGCGUUAUUGAAGCAAUACUUCACCAGGCACAGUAAUUUCACCACGUAAACAUGAAAACAGUUGUUCAUUUCUAGGAGCGUUGUUGGGAACGUUAACUGCAGAUUGUAUUUUGUGCUCUUGUUUUCUAGCAGCCAGCGUUAUUUGACCUUUCGGUGAUCGAAGAUCCUCUUGUAGUCUGUUUCCAAGUGGUCAUAAAAUAUUUCUCCACUUACUAUUGUUCUGUACUUUUUGCAGCUGAACAAUUCCCAUUCCCUGCCUAUCGUAAAUCGACGUUCGAAACAUAAACAAACAAGUUUGAACAUGACAUUUGUGUGACGUUCAGUUAUGUUUUGGCGCUCAUUUGUUUGGAAGAAUCUACUGACUGCAUUGCACAAAGUUUGCAGGUGAACAGUUUGUGAACGUAAAGCAACAGCUACAGUGCAGUUAAAUAUCUCAACAAAGCAGCGAAAGUGCCUUUGCGUAUCGUAAAUGAGCUCGUUCACGUUGUUUGAUGCAGUGGAUUGUUUGUUCCGAAGGAUCAGCCAAUCGAUACGAGCCAACCAGCAAGCCGGUGUUGAAUCAGCUGAUCUCGAUAAAUCACACCUGCUGGAACUAGAAUCACUGUUCGGACAAGGAUUGUUGUCUCGUGCUAUUGGAAUAGUUUACGGAAAACAACCUGUAAUAGCCUACUGCAAUUUCGACGGCCAGUGCACUUUCCUCGGUGUGCCAGGAUCAAAAUACGGAACCGUGUACAAAGUUUUCCCGGGCAUUAAUUUCUGUGCCUGUGAAUCCUUUCGAGAUUGGGUGCUGAAACAACAGCGUCAACCUACCUGCAAACACGUGCUAGCGGCACGUUUAGCAUUAAUAUUGCUGAGAAAAAAAGACGAACCACUUACCGGUGCCAACAGUUGGCUCACCUUGAAGCAACAAUUUGUUGCCGAUUGUUUGAAAUAA